AUGGCAGACUUUGUCACAAAUCAUUUGAAGCCAUAUGACACUCUCACCUCCAGACUCGCCUCGCAGCCUCUGAAAGGGAAAUCCGUCUUGAUUACCGGAGCGAGUCGAGGGGUUGGAGAAUUCAUUACGCAUGCCAUUGCGGCUGCUGGAGCGACCAAAAUCGGUCUCCUUGGUCGCGAUGUGAAGCGCGUUGAGGCCGCCAAAGAAAAGUUCGCUGCCCAAUAUUCGGCCACCAAGUUCCUGUCCUAUGCCGUCGACAUAAUUGACGAGGACGCUGUAACCGCUGUCUUCAAGGACUUUGGCGUUCCUGAUGUCCUCAUCAACAAUGCUGGCGUCUUCCCAGAUGACGGUCCAUUCAUCAAGCAGGAUCUGAAGAGUUGGUGGGCAGGAUUUGCGACAAAUAUCCUGGGCACAGCGACAGUUACCCAGAAAUAUCUUCAAGCCAAGGGUCCUGGCGCACCAGGAAUUGUCCUCAAUUGUUCGACAAUGGCAGCACACUUCCGCAUACCUCUCCCUGGAUGGUCUGGCUACACCAGCAGCAAGUUGGGAUCAGCCCGCAUUUUCGAACAUCUGCGAUUCGAGCACCCCGAGGUCCGAUUCAUCAACAUCCAUCCUGGUAAAGUCGAUACCGAUGGAUACACUAAGUCUGGCGCUCCCGAUCUUGAAGACGGUAUGACGGACGGUGCCCUGUCUGGUCAGUUCUUCGCUUGGGCCGCAACCGACGAUGCAGCAUUUCUCAGUGGCCGUUUUGUUUGGGCGGAAUGGGAUAUCGCAGAGCUCGAAGCCAAGAAGGAUGAGAUCAUCGAGAAGGAUUUGCUCUUGGUCACGAUCGAUGGCUUCAACAAGGGGUUUUAG